AUGUUGAAAAAAAGUGUACAAAGGUUACUUUAUCCCAGGCAAGGAAUUCUCCUUAAGAGAAAAUCAUUUUCUACAAAUACAAUAUGCAGAUCUAUUCAACCAUUUCUAAUGCCUGCUAUGUCUCCAACUAUGGAGAAAGGUGGAAUCGUCAAUUGGAAAUUUAAACCUGGUGAGAAAUUUGAAGCAGGUGAUGUCCUAUUGGAAGUGGAAACCGAUAAAGCACAGAUCGAUGUGGAGGCUCAAGAUGAUGGCCAAAUGGCGAAAAUUCUUGUUGAUGAUGGUGCUAAAGAUGUCAGUGUUGGUACUCUAAUUGCUUAUUUAGCUGACUCAGAUGAUGAUCUCUCUAAAUUAGUAAUCCCUACUAGUGACAGUCAAAUAUUGAAUAACAAAACAAAUCAAUCAUCCAAAGAGGUAGCAAGAUCUAAUAUAACUAAUUUAACUAAAAGGGAAACUACUACUAGUGAAAAUAUCACAGACAGCUCAUCGACCGAAUUAUUACCAUCUGCAGCUAUUUUAUGUUCUCAAAAUAAUAUUUCUAUUCAAGAAGCUAAGAACAAAAUUGCAGGAUCUGGACUACAUGGCAAAAUAUUAAAAGGUGAUGUUCUUGCAUAUUUAAACAUGAUUCCAAAAGAGUCCGUUGAUAAGAUUAGCCAAUAUGUGGAACUAAAUAGUAAACUUGAUUUAUCAAAUAUUGAAAUUCAAAAAGUUACAACUUCCAAUGCUGAAAGUACUGAAAAUGGUAAAAAAGAAGAAAUUGAUACUGUUGAAGAAUCUACGACGAAUACAGCCAAAAUAACACCCAUUUCUUUUACUGAAGAUCUUAUAAUCUCAAUCCCUAGCAACGUCACAUUCAAUGAGUUACGUCACUCAAUGAAAAAGUUUAUUCAAGAAGCUUACCACUAUUCACACAAGCCAUCCAUAUCUACAUCACAAUAUUUUGAUCCAAUCUUUGAAGAUUUACUAACUGUUAGCCCACGCCAAUCAAGAUUCCAUUAUGAUUAUAAUUUAUUAUGUAUGGAUAAAUCAACAAAGCAAUCGGAAAGAGAUAUUUUUGAUAUUCUAUCCUCAGAUAGUUCCACAACUAAGUGUGGAAAUGCUCAAAGUAAUCAAACCAGUUCUAAUGAAUGUUUAUUGACAAUAAACGUGAAUGUUGAUAACAACUUUACUGAUUCUUUAGAGAAGGCAAACAAAUUUAUCAAUUAUAUAAAACAGCUGGAAAGCGUUGCUUGA